UUACCGAACAAAUCAAACCCCCCAACACCAAUUUGCAAUGGUCGAUCAUCCGCCGUCUCCAUCCGUGCACGGACAGGUUCAUUGUCCGUCCGGCCGGAGCCGGCGAAACCUCGCCCAUGAUCACUUGGAACACCUCCCUUGGCCAUGGCUACGACCACGACGAACCAAGAUUCCCAGGUGAUCAUGGGCCGAUACAGGCUCGGCCCGCUCCUCGGCCGCGGCACGUUCGCCAAGGUCUUCAAGGCCCAUAAGGUGCACACCGGCGAGGCCGUCGCCAUCAAGGUGUUCGACAAGGAGGCGGUGCAGCGGUCCGGCACGGGGGAGCAGGUGAAGCGCGAGGUCGACGUGAUGCGGCGCGUGCACCACCGCCACGUCAUCCGCCUCCACGAGGUGAUGGCGACGCGCUCCAGGAUCUACUUCGCCAUGGAGUACGCCAGCGGCGGCGAGCUCUUCACCCGCCUCUCCCGGAGCACGCGGUUCCCGGAGCCCGUCGCGCGCCGCUACUUCCAGCAGCUGAUCACGGCCGUGGAGUUCUGCCACAGCCGCGGCGUGUACCACCGGGACCUCAAGCCCGAGAACCUCCUCCUCGACGCGCGCGGCGACCUCAAGGUCUCCGACUUCGGCCUCAGCGCGCUGGACGGCGGCGCCGGCGGCUCCCCCCGCGGCGACGGCCUCUUGCACACGACAUGCGGCACGCCGGCGUACGUCGCUCCCGAGGUGCUCAUGAAGCGUGGCUACGACGGCGCGAAGGCAGACAUCUGGUCGUGCGGCGUGAUCCUCUUCGUGCUCCUCGCCGGCUACCUCCCCUUCAACGAAACCAACCUCGUGAUCCUGUACCGGAAGAUCACGGAGAGCAACUACAGGUGCCCGCCGUGGUUCUCCGUCGAGGCCCGCAAGCUCCUCGCCCGGAUGCUCGACCCGAACCCCAAGACCCGGAUCACCAUCUCCAAGAUCAUGGAUAGGCCAUGGUUCCAGAAGGGAACAUGCCCGCUCGGCGACAUGCCCCUCAUCGCGAGCGCACCAUCGGUGUUGGAAGCCAAGCAGCAGCACGACGAGGAGGAGGAUGGGUUAGCCCGGGAGAAGAAGCGGUCCAAGGUGAUCAUGUCCUCGCCGACGAUCGAGGUGAGGCCCCCGAGCAUGAACGCCUUCCACAUCAUCUCCCGGUCGAGCGGGCUGGACCUGUCCAAGAUGUUCGACGCGGAGCACAGGUUGGAGGCCCGGUUCUCCACAAGGGAGACCACGACGGCGAUCGUCUCCAAGCUGGAGGAGAUCGCGGAGGCGGGGAGGUUCAGCUUCAAGCUGAAGGAGAAGGGGAGGGUCGAGCUGGAGGGGAGCCAGGACGGCACCCGGAAGGGCGCGCUGGCCAUCGAGGCGGAGAUAUUCCAGGUGGCGCCGUCGGUGCAUGUGGUGGAGAUGAGGAAGACCGGCGGCGAGUCGCCGGUGUUCCGGGACUUCUACAAGCAGGAGCUGAAGCCGUCUCUCGGCGACAUGGUGUGGGCGUGGCAGGGCGGUGACUCGCCGCCGCCGGCGCUCGUGCCGGCGACGGGAAGGAGACCGAUCACGAGGCGCCCUUGAGAUAUGCCGACUCAAUAUCGAAUUAUCAUAUUGUAAUUGAUUUGGUCUCUCUUAUGAUGUCUCCGUUUUGU